CAGCUUUUAAAUUGAACGUAACCAGGAUGCAAAAUAAAUUACCUGACAUUUGGACAUGAAUUUCUCCAAGAUAACUACUUUGUAACGUUUUUUAUAGUGAUAUCCGUGUAAUAUAAGUAUAACACAACUAACUGUAAGCACGGCAGGUUUUAAAUUUAAUUGGAUUUCCCGAUAACCGCAGGCAAAUUGGCAAUGAUGAAGGUGAUUUUCUUGUUAUGUGUUGCCUGCACUUUAUGCCACACUCUAAAAGUAGACUUCACAACAAGUAAAAUACUUCAGCUACAAGGUCAGAACACUGUGAAGAAAUUCUUACAGAGUAAUCAAGUACGGGUCAUCUACUUUUACAAGAAAGAUGUAAAGUUUCUGAAAUUUUUCAUCAGAGAGCUUGAAAAAUCAGCAGAGUUUCUGGAAUUGUAUGGUGUCCAAACAGGAUUUUGUAACUGUACUGAGAAGAUAAAUAAAGAUGUUACAGAUUGUAAGAAGGCUGGAAUUGAAAACAGUGUACAUACAUACAGGACAGGGACUCUGUUGCUAUCACUAGAACUUGAGACAAUGUUUGAUGUCAACUCUAUAAUGUCCAAUAUCCUACAACUGGUUAUGUUACGAGAGGUGCCUAUUCUACAGACUUUAAAAGAAGUAGAGAAAUUUCUUGGGACAAUGCGGGGGAAAAAGGACGUUAUAUUUGGGCAUAUGAAGGCAAUUGGAACUUUUGACCACCGUGUGUUCAUGGAGGUAGCCUAUGCUUAUAUGAACAAGUUACAGUUUGUAAUAUGCACAGACAAAAAGGCAACUAAAUUAUUUGAACAGCCCCCCAGUAAAGAUGUCUCUACAGUAUGGUGGGUAUGGACUAAAACAAUGUCAACCAGUGACAGCAGUUACCAUAACAUCCGUUACCGUGGUGAACUUAAUCUCAAAGCUCUAGCCAAGUUUGUCAGUACAGUCACAAAACCUAAAAUGUUCAACAUCCCAGCUGAAGGUGUGGAUCACCCGUACUCGUCCUUUGAAGUGCCAGUAGUGAGGUUUUACUAUAACACAGCAUCAGAGAAAGAUGUUUACCAGAAAGCGCACAUGUUAACAAAGUACUAUGGAGGCUCUGUAGGGGUGUUACUGAUGAACAUGGAUCGUGAUGAAACAAGAGCAGUCACAUCAUACCAGGGAAAGCUUCCUGUAUUUAGUUUCCUGCAUGAUGCUGAGGCUGUAGAACAUUUCCUCCCCGGUGCAUUGACUACAGACAAUAUAGGGAAAUUUAUAGAGGAGAACAUGGGAGCCAAACCAGUGUAUCCCAGCACAGAGGAACCAAUGGAAGAAGUAGAUGAUGAACCAGUCAUUGAAGAAGAGGAAUCAACUUAUGAAGAUGAGAGGCCACCAUUUAAUUAUGAGGAUGUUGAGACACAAGACGACAAAGUUGCAGAAAUGAUUGAGAAAACAAAGAAAGUCAAAAUGCCUCUGGACUUGGUACCUGCUCUUACUGACAAGACAUUCCCGAGUACAGUGAGAGAAUCUGAUACAGCUGUCAUAUUACUCUACUUUCCAUUUGAUGCUAUCAGUAUGGGUAGUUUACGUAUGUUCGGAGAAGCAGCAGACAUGUUUAGUCAGCAGACGAUGUUGAAAUUUGCUCGUGUUAAUUGUUACGAUUGGACAGAUGUUUGCCAGAAGGAAAAAAUAACAAUUUAUCCAACACUGAGGGUGUAUAAAAAGGGUGAAAAGGCAUGGGAUUAUAAAGGGCCACAUGACACACAGGCUGUGUUCUCUACAUUUAAAUUAUUGGAAAUGUCCUGUCCUGUAUAUGAAAAAAACAGUGACACACUACUGAAUUACCUUCUAUGGAAAGGGGAGAAUACACUUGCAGGAGUGACAAACACCACUGUGGUAGGGCUGUUCAGGAAUAGGGACAAACAAGAGAUAGAAGUUUUUAAACAGUUUGCUGAGAACUCCAGAGAAAGGAUUAUGUUUGUUUACACUGACAUAAAAGAUGCUGCAGUCAUAGCUAAAAAGUUUGGUGCAACACUACCUGUGGUUAUAUUGUCAAAAUAUGAUGACACAAUACAGCCAUAUGCUACAUUUGAUGAAAAAUAUACUCUACAGAAUCUACAUGAAUUUGUGGAGAACAAUAAACUCCCUAAACUAACUGUUCUGACACCCCUGAUGUUUCCUGAAGUGCGUAGGAGGUUUGCUGAGUUGUUAAUUCUGUUCACCGAUGAUUCAGACACCUCUCGACAGUCUGAGGAUAUUGUCAGAGAAAUUGUGAAAGCUCAGCAGUUCAAUAAUGUCUCAUUUAACAUGAUGCAAGUACCAGAUGAUUCAAGUGUUGGGUUUAGAGUUUUGAGGGAAUAUACAUCUCAACCAGAAGUACCACAUCUUUCUUUUGUCAGCUUCCAGAAGGGUGAAGUGUUUAAUUUUGCUGAUGGAGACAUUGAAAAAACAUCUGUAACAAACUGGCUGUCUGACAUUGUGAAAGGAUCUGUCGAACCAUCUACCAAGCUAAAAAAUGAAGAAUGGAAACCAAAGAAUAAAGGGUACGAGUUCCUGAAGAUAAUGGAUUGGGAAGCUGAACAUAGGCCAAAACCUUCAAAAGAUGAGAAAAUGAGAUCUGAUGUCCCAGAUGAUGUACCAGAUGAUAUGAGACCUAAAAGCCGCCAUGAUGAAGAUCACGAACUGGACGAAGACGACAUUGUUGAUGGUGCUCACAGAAUGCCGGCCAUGGAGGAGGCUGAUGACUCUGACACCAGGAGAGAUCUCUUUGCUCUGAAAGACUCUAGGCUGUAUCACCAAGCACCUGGUAGGGUUCAUCACCAUGGAGACAGAAAGGACAGGGGAAGUUACUCUGGAGAUGAUGGCUAUAGCAGCGAUGAUGAGCAUGUAAAUAAAGAAAACGUUUUGGCAGGCCAAGAUAAAAAUGUACCAAAAAUGAAAGAUAAAAGCCAUGACCCCUCUGAAUUAUGAUUUUGGUUUGAAAUAGGCAUUUUUCUACAGAAUUUUGGUUAGAUUUAUUGAAUUUUUCAUCUGAUCCACUUUCUGGGCGUUUUAUUAGUCCCCUACUGGUUGAAAACCAGUUUCGGGGACUAUAGGAAUGCUCUUUUCCGUCAUUCCGUCCGUCCGCAAUUUCGUGUCCGGUCCAUAACUCUUUUAUCCAUGAAGGGAUUUUAUUAUUACUUGGCACAAAUGUUCCCCAUGAUGAGACGACGUGUCUUGUGCAAAACCCGGACCCCUAGCUUAAAGGUCAAGGUCACAAUUGGAGGUCAAAGGUCAACAGGGCUUUUUUCCUGUCCGGUCCAUAACUCUCCCAUCCAUGAAGGGAUUUUAAUAUCACUUGGCACAAUUGUACCUCAUAAUAACACGAUGUGUCAUGCACAACUUUCAGACCCCUAGCUCAAAGGUCAAGGUCACACUUAGUAGUCAAAUGUUAACAUGGCUUGAACAGAGUCUGUUUCGUGUCCGGUCCAUAACUGUUUCAUCCAUGAAGGGAUUUUAAUAUUACUUGAGACAAAUGUUCCCCAUGAUGUGACGACGUGUCAUGCGCAAAACCUGCACCCCUAACUCAAAGGUCAAGGUCACAGUUAGAGGUCAAAGGUCAACAGGGCUUUUUUCCUGUCCGGUCCAUAACUCUCUCAUCCAUGAAGGGAUUUUAAUAUCAAUUGGCAAAAUUGUAUGUCAUAACAAGACGAUGUGUCAUGCACAACUUUCAGACCCCUAGCUCAAAGGUCAAGGUCACACUUAGUAGUCGAAUGUUAACAUGGCAUGAACAGGGUCUGUUUCGUGUCCGGUCCAUAACUCUGUCAUUCAUUAAGGGUUUUCAAUAUUACUUGGCACAGAUGUUCUCCAUGAUGAGACAACGUGUCAUGCGCAAAUCCCGGAGCCCUUGCUCAAAGGUCAAGGUCAUACUUAGAGGUCAAAGGUCUAAUUCAAGAAGGACUUUGUCUGGAGCAUUUCUUCUUUAUGCAUGGAGGGAUUUUAAUGUAACUUGGCACAAAUGUUCACCACCAUAAGACAAAUUGUCUUGCGCCAGAACCAGGUCGCUAGGUCUAAGGUCAAGGUCAUACUUAGAGGUCAAAGGUCAAAUUCAAGAAUGACUUUGUCUGGAGCAUUUCUUCUUCAUGCAUGGAGAGAUUUUGAUGUAACUUGGCACAAAUGGUCACCACCAUGAGGCACACUUUUUAGCUCAUCUGAUUUUUUGAAAAAAAAUGAUGAGUUAUUGUCAUCACUUGAGCAGUUGUCGGCGUCGGCGUCGGCGUCUGCGUCGGCGUUGCCUGGUUAAGUUUUAUGUUUAGGUCAGCUUUUCUCCUAAACUAUCAAAGCUAUUGCUUUGAAACUUGGAAUACUUGUUCACCAUCAUAAGCUGACCCUGUAUAGCAAGAAACAUAACUCCAUCUUGCUUUUUGCAAGAUUUAUGGCCCCUUUUGUACUUAGAAAAUAUCAGAUUUCUUGGUUAAGUUUUAUGUUUAGGUCAAUUUUUCUCCUAAACUAUCAAAGCUAUUGCUUUGAAACUUGGAAUACUUGUUCACCAUCAUAAGCAGACCCUGUACAUCAAGAAACAUAACUCCAUCUUGCUUUUUGCAAGAAUUAUUGCCCCUUUUGGACUUA